AAGGCUGCUCUCCAGUCUACCUGACUUCAACACAAGGCGGCGCUGUUGUGCCACAGUCAGGCUCUCUCAGGGUGAAUAAAAGUCACACUCCACCGUCUCCACCGUGAUUAGGAUGGUAAAUGCGCUCUGUGAGACAGGGCUUCUUACAGAUCACGCGGAAGUGUUUCCAUUCAACGGACUGAAUAAGCCCGGUCUGUCAGAUUCCUCACGCAGUACAAUGGCGGGAGCCCUGGGGCGUAAGCAUGUGUGGACACUAAUGGCUGGCCUGGUGCUGCUGGUGAGCAAGUCUCACGCUCAACAUGAAAUCACAGUUGACCCUCCCUGGAACAUACAGAUAAUUGACCCAGGCUACCUGGGACAGCUGAAUGUAACCUGGGCACUCCCGAAAAGUCUGGAGAACCGCACGGACUGCGCAUUUCGUUUUCAGCUCCAGUUCUUCAACACUUAUGAAGGCGAGUGGACGACUAUCAGAACAAGGGAGCAGAGCUACAGUGCCCAGUUUGACCUCGAGAAGGAUGUGCACGUGCGCCUCCAAACCAUUGUGAUGGGCCGUUGCGGUGGAUCGGAAGACGUAAUGAGCCCAGCUGCUGAAGUUCUCCAGAGGCCCCUGGGCAUAGGUUUGCCUGGCACUAAAAUUAAAGGAUUUCAAUGUAUAUUCUAUGAGAAGGAAUAUAUGGAUUGCUCCUGGACAAAGGGACAUAAGGCACGUCCUCAAGCCAAAUAUCACCUUUACUUCUGGCACAGGAACAUGAAGCGUGCCAAAGAAUGUCCACAAUAUCUUUAUUCCCAUGGGCACAAGAGUGGCUGCAAAUUUUCCUGGAAUUCGCUCCUGGAAUUCACGGAGUUCAACGUCUGUGUGAACGGGUCAUUAGCCGGGGCAGAGCUGCAACCUGCGUACUUCACCAUGCAGUUGCAAAACCACGUGAAACCAGGUGUCAUCAAUACCCUGAGUCUGGAGACUCGCCCUAAAGGGCCUGUCAGUUUGGAAUGGGCCCCACCCAAAGGAAGAAUACCUGCAGGCUGCUUGGAGUUUGAAGUGGAGUCCACACCAGAGGUCACAGAGGGGCCAAUGGUGAGGAAUUUGACCAGAGAGACUUCCUUCACCGUUUCACCCUCAGUACCGUGUAAGACAGUGUGCUACCGGGUGAGAUCCAGGGUGCAUGAGUUCUGCAGCGACGACAGUUUCUGGAGCGACUGGAGCCACUCGUACUGCUUAUCAGAAAACUGCAAAUUUACCUCAAAUUCUGCAUCAAAUAAAGCCUGAGGACCAGAGGGAGAAAGUCAAGCAUGUUGACUCAUCACACAAGCAGCCACCUAUAAAUGCUACAGUAAUCGUAUCCACAUGCCAAUGCUAGAACUUACGCUCAAUCAUGUAAUUCCUGUGGACAGUUCCGUCCUAUUCCUGUAUGAUACAGUAUUGAGUGGUUUGGUUGUACCGUCUACUGCUUUAUUUAUAUAAGACUAUACUGUUAUAAGACUAACAUGGAUUCUGUGAUGACCAAUAAUCUGUGCUUGAAUCAAAGACAAAAAAUGGAACAUUUGGACAAGCGAGGGCAAGCAUAUAAUUAGUCUUAUAAAUACCUGAUAAAUUAGUCACUGAAUCCAAAUAAAUUCAAAGCUGAUGCGUUUUGUCAGUAAUAUUGGGUGGGUGGUAACUUUUUUCGGGUCCUAGUUUUAAGGCUUCAAUGAACUUCACACCUUUCCAGAAUGUUUGAGCAUAUUAUAAACUAAUUAUGCAGUUACAUGUUUCUGUUUAAGUGUUGUAUUUUUGUAUGUAUUUCCCUUUUGCUCAAGUAUGAAGUCUUUGUCCCAUUCCCCGUGUUAGCACAACUUAAUAUUCUCCACUUUAGGUACUGUUCUUCACAUUAACUGUUUUAUUUGUAUUGUUUUUAGGCCAGAUUGCCAAAAUCAGAGAAUGCAAAGCCUAACCAAAGCCAUAAUGCUUGCCAUGCCACAGUCAGUGAACUAUUAAUAAACAAUAUUGGUGGAACAAAAUAUGGAGUAAAAAUGUAAGGUAAUAAGGAAACAGAUACAAUGUAUAUGAAGACAGUAUGCUGUGCGCCAGUAUUAUUUUUAAUGUAUUGUUUACUCAUUUAAGUUAGUCCAGUUCUUGCCAUCCAUGUGCUGUUAAGCCUAGAUUAUUUCAUGUUUUGUGCGCUAUCACACAACUACUACCAAAUGCUAUGCAGUGUUAGUGCCAGUUGUUAAAAAUUGCAGUUCAUAAUUUUAUUUUACUAUUCAUUAGCACAGAAUUUAUUUGACAUAGAUGAGUAGCCUAUUAGCUUGCGACAUUAGCUCUGGUGAUAAGAGCUGUCGUCUGGCAGUUGGAGGGUUGCCGGUUCGAUCCUGCCCCAGGUGUGUUGAAGUGUCCCUGAGCAAGACACCUAACUCCCAAAUGUUUCUGAUGAACUGGUUGGUGCCUUGCAUGGCAUUUGAAAUAUGAGUGUGAAUUAUUUAGUGUGUGUAUGAAUGGGUUAAUGAGAAGCAUCAAUUGUACAGCACUUUGGAUAAAGGCGCUAUAUAAAUGCAGACAAUUUACCAGGUAGUGCACAUUUGGGACAAUAACUGCCACAGGCUGCUAUACCAACAAGGAAGACUGGAUAAGGGAGAAAGGUUAUAAAACCAAGUUUUUACAAGUUAAAGGUUUUUAUCGUAUUUUUACAUUUCGUAAUAUGUUCCUGUUAUGGUUCAAAAUUAUAAAAUAAACAAAGUUAUUAGAUGGA